AUGAAACAAAAGCUGAAAAGUGAAAGAUUGAAAUCAAAGAAGCCAGAGCAGAAGAGAACUUAGCUUGUGAGAAAGAUCUAGUUUCUACCUUCGCUACUAGUGCAAUACUCUCUGUCAAGCACAUGUACCGGUGCAUCUGCUAAAUUUGUUCUUCUUGUCAGGGUGCAAGAUCAGAGGUCCAAAAAUUAGAGGACCAUUCAGGUUCUACAAGUACACAGCAGUGUAGCUUUGAAAUUUAGCAAGUGUUGUGGUGUUGCUCCUUCAUAAACUGAGCGCUGAUCAACUGGGGGUACACUUACAUGUUCUGCACUAGCACUGCCAUCAGACGUGUAGUCGUACAUUGUAGUUGCUUUGGGUUUUCGUUUGCUGUGAUGCAUGUUCGUCAUCCACGUUGACUUGUGAGACAGUGAGGCAGAACGAACCAUGGCGGCGCCUGCUGUUGGUAGCAGAGGUCCUGGUGCAGAAGAUCGUGGAAGCCAACGCAGCUCCAUGCUGAGCUUGGGUUCAAUCGACGUGGCUGACGAGCAGGAUGAGGUGUUGGAGAAGUGCAGAACGUAUGUUUCCUCUCUGCUUGUGGGGGUUUCCCCUCCAGAGGUGGCCAACAAGCUUGGUGCUAUAUUCGUCAAGUCCUGGACAUUCGGACGCCGCGUCGUUAUAUUGCUUGUCGCUUGACCCAUGACAUGGAGACCAAGCUCAGCUUCAUGCUGUCCAAGGUCAGCAUGGGUACACAAAAGCGAUACCAAGACUGGUUUCAUGCACAGUACCUGUCCGUUGCGGACCGGCAGACCCUCAUCCCGGACUUGGUUCGCUAUAUCUGCUGUGUUGUGCACCCGACCAAUGAAAUCCUGGCAUCGAAUGUUAUUCCUCGUUGGGCUGUCAUUGGCUGGUUGCUCAUGUCAUGUCAGAGCAACGUGGCAGCGUCCAAUGCCAAGCUAGCUCUGUUCUUUGACUGGUUCUUCUACAAUCCGUCGUGUCCAGAGGAGAACAUCAUGAAUAUUGAACCGGGUGUGUUGGUGAUGAACCAGUCCCUGCUCAAACAUCCUAACAUGACUGCUACGUUGCUUGACUUUCUCUGCAGGAUGUGUGAGGAGUUCUUUCCCCCGAUGAAAGCGGUACUCACUAGCAGUGUAACUCUGGCCUUUCAAGACUGUAUGGACAAGGGCGUUAUCCAAAACCUGACAGCAAUGCUGUGCAGUGAGAACUUGGAUGGUGAGUUAAAACUGCUGGUCAAUAAGACGUUUCCCAAGUUUACAACACCCCCAGCUACAGCCGCAGCAGGGGCCAAUUCCAGUGCUUCCGUUGCGGGUGAUCCUGCGGGGGUUGGAACUGCUGGCGGCAGUGCAGGCAUGCCUGGUGGCGUAUCCAUGCCAGGGAUGGCGCAAGGCAAGCUGGAGGAUGCUGAACUCGUGUCCGGCCCUCGGCACGCCGGUAAUAUGAGCGCUGAUUCGGCCGCGAGCACGCCACCCAUUGGCAUCAUGCACGCACCCGUUUCUUCUGGACCAAUGUCUGGCAGCAGUGAGUCAGCGACCGCCGGGUUUGUCGGUAAUCAAAUGCCUGCUGUUGCUGUCGGUGGUGAUACUGGACUAAUGUACAACUUCAGCUCAACUGGUGGUGUCGGCACUGGUAAUGGCAGCAAUGUCAGUGGCAGUACAGCAAUACCAGGUCUGGAUGAGCCCAUGCAUAGCACCAAUGGCCUAUCCAUUGAUGACAAUGAUGGCGAUACUGACGAAGAUACGGAUCUCGGUGAUGAAGCACGUUUCUCUGGUGACGAGGACUCUACCGAAGGUGGUGCAACGGAGAACGACAAGGGCGUACUAGCCGAUGUCGUUGCCAAAACGCCCGUCCUGCUGGUAGAAUCGCUGACACCGGAUGUGCGCGCGGCCCUGGAGUCCCUCAGCCAAGCACAGGAGGCAAGCGAACGCUGUAAGCAUGUUAAAGCCGCUCUCGACGCCUACAUUCGUCAGGCAACACCAUCGGAGCUGACGAUUGAUCACACGGCAUCCAGCCUGGCCUUCUGUCUGCAGGCUGACUUUUCCAAUGCCUGCUGUGAAAGUGAUCCCGACGUGGAGGAUGAAUUACCGUCCGCAUUGUUUCGUCAUUGCGUAGCAUUGUCUGGCAAUGUUUCAUCCAACACCGUCCUGGCACUGCUUACCAGCUUGCAACAGUACUUCCUCUCCACGGGAUAUCGCUUUCUCUAUCAUCUACACAUCACCAAUGCAUCAUUUGAAGAGUAUCGUCAGUACUCGCAUUGUUUUCAUGACUUGGACCUGCUUAGCUGUCUGGAACGCGAUUUGAAGCUAUGUCAGGAAGAAGAUCCCGUCACUUUCUACGCACUCAUUCCAUGUGUCUUUACUGUGUUUUCGGAGGUUGCAGUUGGUUCAUCAAUUCUCAUCUAUCUACUAGUGUCGUCUAUAGACUCAGGCCAGUUUGGAAUGGGAGAUGUUUGAACAGUACUUUGUCUGGCAGCUGCUCUCUGCUGAGGGGUGCUCCGUACGAGAGCUACUGCCAUUGCUUACAGAGCUGGAUGUCACAGCGAAUGCGGAGCCUGUCACUGGACUACUGGUGAUUCUGCGCCAGAAAACGCCCGAUACCAUGACGACGGCAGCGUUGCUGCGUUGCCCUGACGACCCGCAUCACAUUGCACCGUGUGUGCUGCAGCACUGGGCAAAGCUGCAUCCGUUUGCUCUGACGUCGCUGCUUGUCGACCUGCUCCGGGGUACUAAAGUCAAUGAUCAGCUGGUGUCGGUGGAUGCUGGCGAUGUUACACGCCAUCUGUUACACUUGCGAACCCUACUACCCGACAACAAUUCGGUGUUAGUACAUCCUACAUUACGUCAGCUGAUGCAUGAGAGCAGUGGUGGCAAUACUACAGCAGCUGUUGGGCAAGAUGACAACAACUUUGAUUCUGGAAACGGUCAAGGAAGCCAUAUCAACUCGCCACCCGCCAUUGUAGCAAUAAAACGAAGCCCCAGUGAUGAGGAUAUUCAAGGCGAGCAGAAGCGAUUGUGCCCGAUCGGCAACUUCUGAUGUGACAACAGCGUACGAUGAUGGCCAGUGCUUGCUAGGCAUGCGGUAAAGAUGGCCAGUAUCAAUGACUCAAACGGUAACAGAUCCACGAAUUCACCAAGCUCUGCUGUGUGAUGUCUUCUUCAUCGGAGUCUACCUGGUCCGUGAUAUCACCAGAAGAUCGCAGUACGUUGCAGCCGUCAGUGUUGUUGGUGCUAUGCCGAUGUAUCGUUGUCUGUACAAUACGCACUAGCAACUGGUCGAGGACUACUUCCCCCACUCUCGCGUAUUGCAAUCGUGUUUCGUCACAAUCCAACAUCGACUGGCAGCUGUUGCCAUAGUAACGCCGCCGUGGAGUCUUCUACGUUCGGAGGAGAACUGUAGCAAGUAUCACAUGUGCUACUGCUGUGGGUAGAACACUAGCUACUGCUGUGGGUAGAACACUUGCUACUGCUGUGGGUAGAACACUUACUACUGCUGUGGGUAGAACACUUGCUACUGCUGUGGGUAGAACACUUGCUACUGCUGUGGGUAGAACACUUGCUACUGCUGUGGGUAGAGCACGUGUUAAUGCUAACAACCGCCGCUGGACACAUCUGCUACUGCUGUGGGUAGAACACGUGUUAAUGCUAACAACCGCUGGACGGCGUCUCGCUUGGAUAUGUUGUGGAUGGAAUAACGGCUGGACGGAGUGUCGACUGGAUGCGCUGAACGUUUCGUCUGCAGUUGUGCUACUCAGUGGAGUCUGUCGGUGUGUGUGUGUGUGGUCAUGGAUGUCUUUGUACCUUACCUCUGUAGCUGGCUGUUUCCGGGACAGAGUGGUGUGUGUGUGUGUGUGUGUGUGUGUGUUUGUGUGUUUGUGUGUGUGCCUGUCUGUUGUUUGGAUGACAUCACUGCGUCUAGUGUAGCACUUUGCAGUCUCCAUAGCAGUGGUCAUACUCGACAGUCAUCGUCGACGUCCCUGUCAAGUCACUAUCUGCUCAGCAAAGUGCUUCUCUGAUUGCUCAUUGCGCAUUGAAUGAGCCCACGCUUCGUGUUGCACUGACAAAUAAGUACUCCGCCUGUGUUGCAGUUUGUACCGUGAGGCUAUGUGACUAUGGCAGCCUUCUCACCAAGCAUCACUUAGUGUGCUUUGGUAACCCUGCAAGUCCCCCCCCCCCCUCUCCACACCACUCAGCCCAGUACGGGCUGCAACUGUGCUGUGCUGACUCAACCCAGUAGCAGUACACAGGAGUACAGGUGUGAUGUGUUGACUCAACCCAGUACAGUACAGGCUGCAGGUAUGAUAUGCGGACUCAACCCAGAAGCAACUUCACGUAUGAUGUGCUGUGCUGACUCAACCCAGAGGCAGUACAGGUGUGCUGUGCUGACUCAACCCAGUAGGCCGUGCCAACUACGGAUGUGAUGUGCAACCUGAUGCUGCAAUAGCAUGCAUGCUGGAGGUGUGGUGUGCUGGCUCAACCCGGUAGCAGUGCAGGCUCAGCCGCGGCAGGUGUGAUAACUGACUAUGAUGCGAACGUGUACAGUGGUGUGGAACCGGCUAUCCUGAUGUGCCACACACACAGCCUGCAGGAAGAGCCACCACCACAGUGCCCCUAGCCAGCGCGGCAGCUAUUCAACACGCUGGAUUGCCAUGACAACCGCGUUCCAGUGCAGCGACGGCGGUGGUGGCGGUACUGACGGUGUGCUGCUGCUGCUUUAUCACCAUGGUUACCAUGUGUCCACUCUGCACACCCGCACCCUGCCAGGCUGCUGCUGGUCUACACUACUGGACUGGCUAGCUGAGUGAUGUCAUCAUGCUGAGUGAUGUCACCAUGCUGAGUGAUGUCAUCAUGCUGAGUGAUGUCACCAUGCUCAGCCACUACAAGUACUGCGGCGUACAGGUCACCUACAUCAUGUGGUUGCAACAACAAUCACCCUGGUGAGAGUGUGGGGUGGGCAGCCCAAGCACUGCCAGACUGACACCAUGUCCAGCAGUCCAAUGCCGCCUCCGCCGCGGUAUUUGUUAGAAUUAGUAUUCACUGUUGUCAGUGCGUGUGCCAGUGCUAUGUACUUGCUGUGAGCUGCAUCCGUAGUAUGUGUAUGAUCACCUGUGGAUGGUGAUGAUGAAGAGAUGACACCACAUUGUCUGUAGCAGAGUAUUUUCUGUGUAAUCCCUCUCCACCAUCCCUCUCCACCACACUCCACCACAUUAUAAUGUCUGCUGCCUAUCUGGAUUUUAUUUUACUACCCUUGUUUACUGUGCUUUUUUUAACAGGCUUUUUAUGCUGGCUAUUUUUCUUUUGUUUUUCAUUUUUGCUGCACCGUUUUAGUACCGACCCUCGCUCUGUCUUGGCAAUGAACCAUGGUGAGACGGUAGUCAGGUUGCUACGGACACCAUGUCGUUCGUCAAUCACUAAUUAAUUUGAAUACUUAAUGUGUUUUUUUA